CUCUGAGAAUCUUGGCCCAGCGAGUCUGCGUCUGUGUGCGACUCCACCUGCACUUCCGUCCGUCCGCCCGUCCGUCCGUCCCAAUUUUUGAACUGAGCUUUGCGAGAUUUUUUGGCGUCUAUCGAGAUGCAAGCAUUGCAGUGACGCUAGCUAAGUCAAAGGCAAGGUCAAGAUAGCCAGCACACAAGCCUGCAGAGAGAGAGGGAUGAUUAGGGCCACUGUGGCUGCAGGUGGACGAGGGCAGCUGGUUACCAUGACUCGUUUGACCUUGCGGCUGGAGAUGGGCCUGGGUGCGACGAUGGAGCAGCAUAUAGUCACCUCGUCCUCGCUGCCGCCGGCGCUGCGAGCUAGGCAAGGCAACAACAGAUGCAGUAGAGGCCAAAUACGCACCCAAGGGGCUCUUCUACGGCGAUGUCUUCCCGCGACUGCUUUUGGGAGCUUCCAGCAAACGCAAAAGUUCUCCGCCUCUGCCACUGUAGGGCGCUCGAAGCAGCGCCAAAGCGGCGAGACACAAGGCGACAAAGUCACCAUCUCUCCUGCUCUCCUCUUGCACCUGCAGGCCCGACUUGAGAAGUGGCAUCUUUCCUCCUCUGGUAGAUCCUCACGCACUUCCCGCGGUUACGACAUGAGCGCCGAGGAGAGGCAGGAGCACCUCGAUCUGGCUCAGAUGGAGCUGAAGUGGAUGAUGGACCAAGUCUAUGCCUCUGUCUCUGCCACUGCCUCUACCUCUACCAGUCAGGGUCAGAUCAGGAGCCAAGAAGACGAGUUGAGUUUGCGAAGAGCGCUUGGAGGUCACUUGAAGGACAUGGUGCGACGUAGAGUCGUCGAUCACGAGCCAUUGGCCUACAUACUUGGUUAGUGCCUUGUCAUCCAAUGUGGAGAGGGAGCGCUCCGAGUGCGAUCCUUAUGCUGACUUGAGUUUUGGCUCGUACCUUUCGACCUGUUGUGCACAGGCAACCAGCCCUUUGGCUCCCUAGACCUCGUCACGCGUCCUCCCACGCUCAUCCC